CAAAAGCAUAUUCAAGCUACAGCCUAGAGAGGAGAAGGAGAAGGAGAAGGAGAAGGAGAAGGAGAAGGAGAAGGAGAAGGAGAAGGAGAAGGAGAAGGAGAAGGAGAAGGAGAAGGAGAAGGAGAAGGAGAAGGAGAAGGAGAAGGAGAAGGAGAAGGAGAAGGAGAAGGAGAAGGAGAAGGAGAAGGAGAAGGAGAAGGCAACGGUUUUGCAGUCAGUGCUCUGUCCACAGGACAAUGACGCUGCGGCAUUGCUAUCCACUUGCUGCCGGGAUUUUUAUCCUUCUCGUUCCUGGCCUCUCUGAAGGAGGGAAACUCCUGGUGGUGCCCAUGGUUGGAAGUCACUGGCUGAGCAUGAAGGAAGUAGUUCAGAAGCUCGCCGAGAGGGGACAUGAAGUGGUGGUGCUUAAACCAGAAGUAAGCUGGCAUAUGGGAGAGAGAGAAAAACACGCAUACACUAUAAAGACAUACCCAGUGUCCACCAAGUUAGAGGAGCUGGAUAAUGCCUUUAAACUGUUUCUUGCAACUCACCUGAAGAGUCUGCCUCUCCCACUGUAUGUUCUAGCACUGUACAACAUCUCAGUAGAUGUUUUUGAAUCCUUCUUUCUUCAGUGCAGUGAACUGUUCAGCAGCAGAGAAACUCUGCAGUACUUGAAUCAAAGCGGCUUCGAUGCAGUCCUCACUGACCCUGUUUUGAUGUGUGGAGCUACGCUUGCCAAUUACCUUUCACUUCCAUCUGUGUUCUUCAUGAGAGGAUUUCCUUGUAACCUACACUACGAAGCUACACAGUGCCCAAGCCCUCUGUCGUAUGUCCCUAGGCUAUUUUCCUUCAAUUCAGACCACAUGACAUUUUUCCAGAGAGUGGAAAAUACACUGAUUUCUUUCUUGGAGCUCUUCUACUGUAAUGGGCUCUAUCGAGCUGCAAUACAGCUUUCCUCUGAAGUUCUUCAAAGAGAUGUAUCCCUGCUGGACGUCCUGAACUCUGCUUCUGUUUGGUUAAUGAGAUAUGACUUUGUGUUUGAGUAUCCCAGACCGGUGAUGCCCAAUAUGGUCUUCAUUGGAGGUAUAAACUGUGCUGAGAAGAAACCACUGCCUAAGGUAUGUUCAUUUUCUCAAAUUACACAUUUCCCAAAGCAAUGCAAUUUCAUGGCUUAGGGAUGGUUAGCGUACUUGAUAUUAUUUUUCUUUCUGAAAUAUUUUAAUAUUUCCGAGACUUGGCUUUUUCUCCCAUGCUCUGAAAUGCUGGUAGGUGGCUGUUACUUGAAUUA